AAAUUUGAAUUCAGGCGAGCAAGCAGACAGUUGCUGAGGCGUUCGGUGGCCGUCGUCAAUCCAGUGGUCACACACAAUGUCUUUUCCUAAGGCGCCCCUGAAAAGAUUCAAUGACCCUUCGGGUGCGUACGGGUGCCGGAGCAGGGUGGGAAGGGGACCUCGCCCCUCCUAUCUCAGUCGGCGGGACCCCAGGUUGUGCUCCAUCUCCAGGUGCUUAUGAUGUUAAAACUUCCGAAGUGUCUAAAGGACCAGUGUCUUUUCAGAAAUCACAAAGAUUUAAAAACCAAAAAGAAUCUCAACAAAAUCUUAGUGUUGACAAAGAUACUACCUUGCUUGCAUCAUCUAAAAAAGCAAAGACUUUGGUGUCAAAGAAGGAGCCUCAGAAGAAUGAUAAAGAUUUGAAGAGAUUAGAAAAAGAGAUUCGUGUUCUUUUGCAGGAGAGAGGUGCUCAGGACAAACGGAUCCAGGAUAUGGAAUCUGAGUUGGAGAAGACAGAAGCAAAACUAAAUGUAGCAGUCAGAGAGAAAACAUCUCUUUCUGCAAGUAAUGCUUCACUGGAAAAAAGGCUUAUUGAACUAUCCAGAGCCAAUGAACUACUAAAGUCUAAGUUUUCUGAAGAUGGUCACCAAAAGAGCAUGAGAACUCUAAGCCUGGAGCUGAUGAAACUUAGAAACAAAAGAGAAGCAAAGAUGAGGAGUAUGCUGGCUAAACAUGAAGGCAUGGAGCUGAAGCUGCAGGCCACUCAGAGGGACCUUGUAGAGUCACAGGGGAAAAUAGUCCAACUAGAGGGAAAACUUGUUUCCCUGGAGAAAGAACAGAUUGAUGAAAAAUCUGAAACAGAAAAACUCUUAGAAUACAUUGAAGAAAUUAGUUGUGCAUCUGAUCAAGUAGAAAAAUACAAAGUUGAUAUUGCCCAGUUAGAAGAAGAUUUGAAAGAGAAGGAUCGUGAGAUUUCAAGUCUUCAGCUAUCUCUUGAGGAAACCCUCACAUUUUCCAAGCAAAUAGAAGACCUGACUGUUAAAUGUCAGCUGCUUGAAAAGGAAAGAGACGAUCUUGUCAACAAGGACAGAGAAAGGGCUGAAAGUCACAGUGCUGAGAUACAGAUUGUAACAGAGAAGCUUGUUCUAGAAAAACAAGAAUAUGAAAAACUGCAACAAAAAGAAAUGCAAAUUGAGUCACUUCUGCAACAAGAGAAGGAAUUGUCUGCUAGUCUUCAGCAGCAGCUCUCCUCUUUUCAAGAGGAAAUGACCUCAGAAAAGAAUGUCUUUAGAGAAGAGCUAAAGCUUGCCCUGGAGGAGUUGGAUGCUGUACAGCAGAAGGAGGAACAGAGUGAAAAGCUGGUUAAACAGCUGGAAGAAGAGACAAAGGCAACCGCUGAACAACUGAAGCGGCUAGAUGAACUGCUGAGAGAGAAAGAAGCUGAGCUGGAGAAAAGUAACGCUGCUCAUAUCCAUGCCACCUUGACUUUACAGGAGAGGUAUAAUGACACAGUGCAAGACCUUAGAGAUGUUACUGCUCAAUUGGAAAGCUAUAAAGCAUCAACACUUAAAGAAAUAGAAGAUCUUAAGCUGGAGAACUUGACUCUACAAGAAAAAGUAACCAUGGCUGAAAAAAGCGUAGAAGAUGUUCAACACCAGAUACUGACAACUGAGACCACAAAUCAAGAAUAUACAAGGAUGCUUCUAGAUCUGCAGAACAGAUCAACAUUGAAAGAAGAAGAAAUUAAAGAAAUCACAUCUACGUCUCUUAAGAAAAUAGCUGAUUUGCAAAAUCAACUCAGACAACAGGAUGAGGACUUUAAGAAACAACUCGAAGAGGAAGAAGCAAGAAAAGCAGAGAAAGAAGAUGCAGUGGCAGAGUUAACUUUGGAAAGUAAUAAAUGGCGACUCCUUUAUGAAGAACUAUAUAACAAGACUAAGCCUUUUCAGCAACAACUGGAUGCAUUUGAAGCAGAGAAGCAGGCAUUGUUGAAUGAACGUGGUGCAACUCAGGAACAGCUAAAUAAAAUUAGAGAUUCUUAUGCAGAACUACUGGGUCACCAGAAUCUAAAGCAAAAAAUCAAGCAUGUUGUGAAACUGAAAGAUGAAAAUAGCCAACUGAAAUCGGAGGUGUCAAAACUCCGAUCUCAGCUUGUUAAAAGGAAACAAAAUGAGCUCAGACUUCAGGGAGAAUUGAAUAAAGCUCUCGGCAUCAAACACUUCGACCCUUCCAAGGCUUUUCAUCAUGAAUCUAAAGAGAAUUUUACCCUCAAGACCCCAUUAAAAGAAGGCAACACAAACUGCUGCUGAAUUCUGAUGGACCAUCAAGGAUCAUGGAAGUAUACAUCUGAAAUGCCUGUUGAAGAUUAUUUUCUUCAUUAUUCCUGAUAUUAUGUUCAUAGUAUAUAUUAUAUAUUUAAUUUUUUUCUGCCUAUUCUUAGGUAUAUGAAAGGACAUUCAGCAUUUGCUAUGAAAAUGCCUUGACAUUUUAUUUUCUAUUAUGUAUCUUUUUAAUCUUUACCUUUAUCAUCUCAUUCUGAACCAUCUUAAUUGUUUUGCAGGUUACAUUGAACCACCAUCAAAUCAACAAUUUUUUAAAGAUCAGUAUUAAAAAUUUUCCCCUAUUCCGUAUUCCCCCAUUGUUUUUAGCUUGAUUUGAGUUCUUUUUAUUCUGCUGAAGAGUGGAAAGGCUAAAGCACUUUGGUUUGCUCUUGCAUCUGCUUUGAUUUACUUAUCAUGUUCACUCUGAUCUCCCUGUCAUCUGUCUCCUUUUUACUUCAAAUAGAAAUAAGGGUACCCUUGACUCCACAGUAAACUUACUGUGGUGUUUGUUUUGUUUUUAAAUCAAAGUCACAGGAUUAUGUAAUCAUUUCCAGAUUCCUUGACUCUACUCCAGUUCUAAACUAAAGCAUGUAGCUUGGCCUAUAAACCUACAUUUUUAAAAGAGUAGCCUGUUAAUUUUUAGAUAUGCUAGAAAUUAAUUUUUUUGUCUUUUUUUUUUUUGUCUGAGACACCAUUUCUUUGUGUAGCUUUGGCUGUCAUAGGAACUCUCUGUGUAGACUAGUAGACUAGGCUGUCCCUGAACUCAGAGAUCCAUCUGCUUCUGUCUCUCAGUUGUUAGUAUUAAAGGCAAGCACUACCAUGCCCAGGCCCAAGGAAAUCUGAAAAGCUGUACAUAUUAGGUUUUUAGAGAAUUUGUCACUUGUAUAUUCUCUGAAUGUUUAUGUAAUAUAAAGUUAUAUAGAAACUCAUAAAGCCCAGUGAUUGUUUUCAUUUAAUGAACUUACAGUAUUUUCUGUUUAAUGUAUUUAAUUGAGUCUACGUCCCCUCCUAAUUUGUACCCAGAAUCAUAAGUGGUACCUUGUAUUUAUUUCUUUAAAGGUUUAUUUAUGCCAUGGUUAAUGACACACACCUAUAAUACUAGCACUAUGGAGGCAGAAACAGACAAUGAAUUCAAGGAUAGCCUGGUCUAUAUGGCUAGUCCCAGGCCAGCCAAGACUACAUAUUUAAUUUUACUUAGGUAUAAACACUGAAAAUGUAUGCUAGUCGUUCUUUCCCUCUAGUAUUCGGUAUAUGUUUAUAGCCUUUAAUCAUAAUAAAUAUACCCAAGAAAAAUAGAAUAAUCA